GGUGUUUUACCUUAACGUGUGCUAAGGUCAUUCUGGUGUUUUCAAAAUGGCGACUGUGAUCUUCAGAAAACUCAACCAGCCGCAGUCCCUGCAGAAGAUAUCAAGAUGUUUCAGUCUUACAGCAAAGAAUACGGCACAGACUAUGACUGUAAGAGAUGCAUUGAAUGCGGCGAUGGAUGAGGAGAUUGAGAGAGAUCCUAAAGUAUUCCUGCUGGGUGAAGAAGUGGCUGAAUAUGAUGGCGCCUACAAAGUAUCAAAGAAUCUCUGGAGGAAAUAUGGAGAUAAGAGGAUUAUGGACACACCUAUCACAGAGAUGGGGUUUGCUGGAAUUGCAGUUGGCGCAGCUAUGGCAGGUCUAAAGCCAAUCUGUGAAUUCAUGACCUUCAACUUCUCAAUGCAAGCUAUAGACCAGGUUAUAAAUUCUGCUGCAAAGACAUACUACAUGUCGGCUGGAAAAGUUCCAGUACCAAUAGUAUUUCGAGGACCAAAUGGUGCGUCAGCUGGUGUGGCAGCCCAGCAUUCUCAGUGUUUCGCUGCAUGGUAUGGUAGCUGUCCCGGACUCAAGGUUGUCUCCCCUUACUCCUCUGAAGACAGCAAAGGUCUGCUGAAAUCUGCCAUUAGAGAUCCAAACCCAGUGAUAGUUUUAGAAAACGAGAUUCUGUAUGGUGCAGGUUUUGAAAUGUCCGACGAAGCAAUGAGUAAAGAUUUUCUAGUUCCAAUUGGAAAAGCCAAAGUAGAAAGACAAGGCAAACAUUGUACAAUAGUGGCCCAUUCAAAGUUUGUUGGUACAGCGCUAAGUGCUUCAGAUGAACUGGCAGGUAUUGGUGUAGAAUGUGAGGUAAUCAAUAUGCGGACAAUUCGUCCAAUGGAUGAGGAGACCAUUAAUAAAUCAGUGAUGAAAACAAACCAUCUUGUGACUGUAGAAGGAGGCUGGCCGCAGUUUGGUGUUGGUGCAGAAGUAUGUGCCAGAGUUAUAGAAGGUCCAGCCUUUAAUUUCUUAGACGCUCCAAUCCUCAGAGUUACAGGCGCGGAUGUUCCAAUGCCGUAUAAUAAAACUUUAGAAGAAAAUGCUCUACCACAAAAUGUUAAUGUAAUAAGAUCUGUGAAAAAAGUCCUCAAUAUUAAGUAAAAUUUUGGCAGCAAAUUAGACUUAGACAGAAUGGUAGAUUUUGGACUGAAAAAUUAAAAAUUCUGAUGGUUUAUUGUGAAAGAAACUGCCUGUGUUGUGUAUGUCUUGUGGAGACUUUUAAAAUAUGAAGAACUGAAGGUUUAGUAGAAUUUCGUUACUGAUUGGUUGGAAAAUCCUGUUUGAUUUCUUUAAGAAAAUUUUAGAGAAGAAUUUACUUUUGCACUCUUAAGAACUUUUGAACCUCGUUCCAGCGACAUCCGAAGUUAGGACGAAGCUUAAGUGCUAUAAGUUAUAACAUAAAUUCAAGAAUAGAAUGAAUUUUUACAUACACUCACAUUAUUUUGAGUAUAUAGUUUUAUUUCCAUUUAAUAACUUUCCAUUAUGAUAAAACUGGCAGCAACAUACUGAUCAGUAGACUUGAUAGAUUUGAACUUAUAUAAGGUUGUAAUGGAAAGGAAAUAAACAGAUUUUAGAAAGUAAUAGAUGGAAAUAUUCAAUAGAUUUUGGAAAGGAAAUAGAUGGAUCUUGGAAACGAAAUAAAUGGAAUUUGGAAUGGAAGUAAAUGGAUUUCGAAAUUUCAAAAUGGCUAUGCCUGCUGAGAUUUCACAGUAAAAUAGUCUUUUAAAAAGUGUUUCAAAGUGAAUGGUUUAAGAUUUUUUUUCAGUAUUAGUUUGCAGCACUACUUUUUGUUCGACAUCACAUAGAUAUCUCAGUAAGUUUAAUACUAAUUUAGUUUACCAUUUUUGCCACUCUUAUUAUUCAUUAGCCACUAAAGAAAAAUUAGCAUUUUACGAGAAAUUAAAAGACAAUAUUAUAGUUGUGUUUGCAUUUGUGUUAAAAGGAUUGAUAAAUGUGAUUAUACUUAUUUUAUGUUUUGAAAGAUAUUUUUUUUGUUAAUUUAUAGUUUGAAACACAUUCAUAAAGUAAAUGUUUUACUGUCUACAUGUUGUCAUUUAUGCUAGGUGUUAAGUGGUCCCUUAAACUUAAUAGAAUCUUAAUUACUUAAUAGAAUCUUAUUACAAUAUUGCAUGUUAUUGUGCAUUUAUACAUGAUUUUAUAAGAGUUAUGUUGUCGUGUUAGAAUUGUUCAGUGCUGUGUUAACAUAGAUGAGUUAAACUAUAUUUAGACAUUGAUACCGUUAAUAACCUGGAACAUGUAGCUGAAAACUAGACAAUUAUAUAAUGAUAGAUAAGUUUAACAAGUUUGCUAAACUGGAAUUUUGGGAAUAGCUUUCAUAAACUCACUAAAGGCCUCAAAAACUAACUUGGGGCCUCAUUACCUCACUUAUCUAGAACAAAGGAAAAGCUUACAGCAGGAAAAUUGAUGUAUGGUAGGAGAAAUGCAAUAGUUCACAAUGAGUGCAGGGUACAGGGUUUUUUUUAUUUGAAUCUGUGUUCUUGUUAGGCUUAUGAAAGUCAAGUUUCAUAUAAAACUCAAGGUGCACAAAAGUGUUGAAUGUGUGCUAGAAUCCCCCAAAAUGUGUGGGCUGGGUUUGUUAAGCACUGGGACAACCCUGUACAUAUUAAAAUGCUUUAACUUUGCUUUAAUUUUGCUGGUUAAGUUUUUAACACAUCUAAAUAACCUUACAAAGUUUACCUUGUACACUGUUUCGUUAAAAGUACUCUUAAAUAAGAAAUUGUUGUAUAUUGAAAAUAACAUGUACAGACAAGGACUUGAACAGCAAUUUAGAAAUUGAAAGCUAUAAUACAACUGUACAUGAAAAGUUUGUUUAUUUCAUGCAAUGUGCUUUUACAGCAAGUGUGAUAUUUUGCUAUUAGUGUAAAAUCAUUUAAUUUAGUGGGCAUAGGCUUUUGUGUUUUUUCCCCCAAAAAAUGAAUAACUUGUAUGGAUAUGAAUUUGUGGAUUCCCAUUUAUCAAGAUAAAUUAUAUGAGAAUUUUACAUGUUUGUUGGGAUUGAUGAAAUUAACGAAAAUUAGUCACCCAUAAAUAUUACUGAUUUACAGUAUGGAUGUUGUGCUGUUAUUAUUGUUGAGAUGUUAAGGAUUGUUGUAGAUGUAGUUUAGACAUUGUACCGGGUUUUAGCUUAUGAAUAUUUCUCAGCGGGUGCCUGUAAUAUGAUAAAAUACUGUUGAAACAUAAGCUAUCUCUCCAGUUUGCUUUUGCAUGGUAUUAAUAAGUUAGGUAUAAUACAUGCUUUUUCAUGUUGUAAUAUCAGCAGAAGCCCUCGGGGGUAUGUUGGUAGCCUUUCCGGAUAAUAACAUGAAAUAAACAUGACUUACCACUAUUGUUGCUUGAAACAUAUAGAAAAGUAAAGAAAAUGAAAAUAUUGUAGGUCAGCAUCAUUAAAUGUUCAUGAAAUAUUCAGGAAUGUCGAUGUUGUUUGAUCACGUUUACAUCAUUUCAUUUUGAGUUAACUGUUGUAGAGUGGUAAUACAUUACUCUGCCCUGAAAUGUGCAUAUUUAAAAAGCUUUAUUGACAGCAUGUAAGUACAAGAAUCUCUCUGUUAAUACACCUAUAAUCUGCUGCUAACACACCCUCUGAAAACAAUAAAAGCAGCAGUUUUAUGCUAGAGUGUUAAUUUACUGUUGAACAGGUCUUUCUGUGGAACAGCUUUUGUAAUGUUAUUUUUGGAAGAAUUUUCUGUCACAUAUAUCAUUAUUUUUGUGUGCACAAUUUUCAUUUAAUUGAACCAUUUGGUACUUCUAAAUGUCAGUUGUUAAGACACAUUUUGCUUAUAUAUAACUAUGUAUAUGAACAAGAAUAAUUUUUGUCUGUGUAUUUUUGCUUUAGAGACCAUGAAAAUUAUUUUCUCAUUGUUAUUUAUUUCAAGAAGUUUUAAAAUUUUGCCUAGUACAUUGCAUGUAUUUUAAAACAUUAAGUCUAUUUACACAAACUAUUGUUUGCUUAUCUUAAACUUAUAAAACAAGACCACACCAGGAUUGAUGCAUUACUGAAAAGGUUUUGUCGUAGUGUUCAAAUGCGGACUUUUGUAUAUAUGAAGUUGGUCAGUUUUCAUUGUAAUCUGAGAAGACAGAUAGAAAGUCACCUAUUUCUUUUAUCUCGGAAGAGAAUGAUUUCUCAUUCAUUUACAAAUUCCAUCAGUCUUAAUAUGGAUUUAAGUAAGAUUACUGUUUUAUGGUUACUGUGACAGUUGCACUUUCUGAUGAAAUUGAGGGAAGCAAUAUUGAUACAGAAUGUAUUGUUAUACAUGGAAGUUUAGGUACAUGUACUGUCAUUAAAGGAUUGAUUAAGUUGAUAAUGUAUAAUUUCUAGAUUUUUGUGUUUGAAUAUGCUAUGAGAGUAAGAUGAAACCACCGCCAGCUGGCAGAUAGACGGGUAACUGCGGGAACACAAUCGAAAACUUAUUAUCCCUCCAAGUCUUUUUAUAAAGCCAUUGUUAGCUGGUUAGUGGUGAAUUUACACUUAAAUCUGUGUUUUCGUAUUUAUAUUUGUAGAACUUUGACUUGGUUUUGCCUGAUAAAAUAAAACUUACGUAGUUACCCAGAGAUGUAGGUCAGUUUGGGUAAUGUCUGUCAGCCUAGUGUUUCUAAAGUGUCCCUUCCAGUAAUAUUAAAAUUUAUUGGAAAAAGCGUAUAGGAACAUUAUAGCAGUACUUCCUUUGCCUAAAAUAGUCUGUGGGAACCUUGUUAUUGGCCAAUUUCAGGAUUGUUCAGACUGUCUUGAGAAUUGUCUAAAAAUAAAUUCUUGCCAUUGGUCAGUGUUCUGAGCAUGCUCUGAAAUAGCCAGUCAGAUGCUAGAAUGUUUGGAAUGGCCAUUGUUCUCUACCACCUGUCUUUAGCUGACUUAAUUAUUUUCUUACAGUAUGUUUCUUUCAGUACUGCUCUAAUAAAUUGAUAAACUGCAGAGGGUCCUCUAUAAACUCUAGUUGGUUUAGUACAUUUAUCAUCAUAACAACAAAUGACUUAGUAGCUGUAACCAUAACCUAUAUGUUUUUGAUAUGGCUUGGCUUAAAUUUUUGAUGAGUUAUAAAUUGUUUUGGACAAAAAUUUGAAAAAAAAUAUUCAUGAAAUACUUCUAGCUGUCUCAGCAUAGUUUUAUAAACAGAAAUAAGUAGGUUUAUGAAAUUUAUUUUCAGCGGAGAAAAAUCUAAAACUGGGAAAGAGGAUUAUGUUAGAACUGACAGACAAGAAUUAGGAUUCAGACUUAUAUUUAUCUUAUUUUAACAUAACAUGAGAUUAUGUUAAUGGUUUUACAUAAAUGUAUUUUGUUUUACAAGAACAUACUGUUAUUAACAAGAAAUUGAUGAAACGUUAA